GUUAUUAUUUGCUGCAAGCUUCACGUUUGUUGUCGAAUCAGUCCUUCGUUCCCAAUCGUGUAUGCUCAAAUUUCGAAAACAUCAAAAUUCAUCGUACUUUUUCAGAAUGACAUUAAAUUAAACAAUAAACAAAUAAAAAAAAAAUAGCGAAAAAUGGCUGCAGCCAGUAAACCAAAGAAUCCACCGCAAACUGCUGCAGGGAGAAAGAAACCUAAAAAAAGCGCAAAAGCAAAGAUCAAAAAGAAACCGCGAAAGCUGCGACUGAAAGGAUGGUUGAAGUCACCGGAGGACUGGGCCAAGUUCAACGCGUGGGCGGCCGUGAACGCGUUGCCCCGAAAGCAGCCCGAACCGGAGCCCAUCAUCCGACCAUCCAAGCCUUUGCCUCGUCUAAAAAAGCGCAUCGCCAUCCUGUCGAAGCCCCCUCCAUCGCACGGAGAAGCUCAGCCCUGCGUGACUCGAGGCGUCUCGAAAGCAGCUCUGAAAGCCAGAGCAAGUCGCCGGACGAAGAAACUCGCGAGGCCAAACUGGAAGGACGAUCCGGACAACUGUCGCGAAUGGAAGGUCUCCAGGGCGGCGUUGCUGUACGAACCCAGUGAGAAUAUCGCGAAUAUCAGUCGCCCGGUGCUGAGGGCUGAACCCGAGGACUGCAGACCGGCUUACGCGGUCUCCAGAGGAGCAAUGAAGAGGAAGACCACCGAGAAAGACGAGGAGCUUGCGAGACCGAAGAGGGCCAGGGGGGCUGAGCCGGCUGGAGAGGAGAAGAAGAAGAAGAAAGACGAGGAGUUGUCACCAUGGGUGGACUUCCUGUCGUUGCCGGCGUACCGAGUUCUGAAGGACCAGGAGUCCGAGCAAGCCAUCAAGUGGAAGGUGAGGAUCCUGGACGAGAUGGAGGUGCGAGGCAAACAGGCGCUCGAGGAGCAAAGGAAGAAGCGGGAGGAGGAACAGGAGCGACAAAAGAAGAUUCGGGAAGCCGAGGCCAAAGAGGCGGAGCUCGAGGCCCAGAAGAGCAAGUCGACCGUCGGCGGAGAAGAGCAGAACGUCGAAGAGGAGGAACAAGAAGCCGAAGGAGAGCCGGCGGGAGAGGAAGAGGAGCCACCUGCAGAGAAGGUGGAAGUAGAUACAAAGUCGAAGUCGCAAGUGCAGUUCGGGGAGGAAAAAGUUGAGGAGGACGAGGAGACCAAGCGAAAGAGGCGGAUGGAAAAGGAGCCGUGGCGGUUCACCGAUUCGACCUGCAAAGAGUUUCCGUUGAAAAUUCCCCAAUACGCUCUGAAUUACGAAGCCACGAAGAAAAUCCUGCUAUUGUCGCAACCGAAGGAGAGAAAGGCAGAAGAUUGCAUGGAAGACCCAUUCAAAGUCAAGGAAUCGGCGAAAUCAGCGAGCGCGUCUCCGAAAAUAGAGGAAUUGGCGAAGCCCAAGUAUCCUGUGGAGCCCAAAGAGCGACCUCCACCUCGCGAGAAGGACCAGUUUGGACGGCCAAUCUUUCCACGGCCGGUCUACGGCAAGGUACUGCCGAAAGUCGAGCCGUACCAGAUGGGCGAGUGCAAGGACGACAAGAAGGACAAACAGGGCGACGAGGCUGAAGGAGGAGCCGAGGGUGUCGAGGAAGAAAAGGAUGACAAUAAGAAACAGCAAGAGAAUCAGAAGAAGAAACCGAUCGAUCCAAUCGCGAAUGCGCCGACGAUAGAUCCGAUCUUCGAUCCCUCCGGAGCCGCCAAACAGGCCCGAGAGAGAAAACGCGCUGCGGAACAAGCGGCUGAGAGUAAAGAAAACAAAGCAGAGAAGAGUGUGGAAGAGAAAGACGAAGAAGUUGCCGAUGCACCGGAAGUCGUCGUUGACGAGGCUGGAAAUGAAGACGAGAACGAGGAGGAGUGAACCAACAUUGUAAAACUAUAUCGUUAAAAUAAAAUACAUCGUCGUUUAGAUCCUUA